AAUUGUGGGCGCAAAAACCCGAGCUGCUCCGACGGUGUAAUAUAAAGACCGAGAUGCGUGGAGACAGAUCAAUGCGGCGAAAUAGAACGACGCGUGCGGAUUACUGUUGCAAAUUGAGAUGAAUUAUUUGAACAUACUUUUAAUAUCGUGCUCGCUGGCCGUUGCGGCUACGCAGCGGCUGGACGACAACAGCACGGAUGGUCAAAGAAGGAGCACUGGUGGCUACGGUCUGCUGAGACCCGGCUACGGGAACCCUGGCUACGGCGGCGGGUAUAACGGUGGCUACGGUGGCGGUUACGGAGGUGGUUAUUACGGCGGAGGUUACGGAGGCGGAUAUCAACCCGGCUACGGACAGGGUGGCUACGGUGGUUACCAACCCGGCUACGGUCAAGGAGGCUAUGGUGGUGGUUACCAACCUGGAGGGUUCGGUGGUUACCAAGGGGGAUAUCCGGGAUACCAAGGAGGAUUUGGAGGCGGAUAUCCUGGGUAUCCCGGUGCUGGUUACCCGGGACCCGGGUAUCCGGGAUACGGCGGGUACCCCGGUUUCGGAGGGUACCGUCCGAACUCCAGGCCGAACAACUAUUACCCGGGCUACAACCAGUGGAGGCCCAGCUACAACCAAUACCGACCGGGCUUCGACCGACAAUAUCCCGGUAACUCUGGCAACUACCUCGGCGGUGGCUACGACGGUUUCACCGACAACUUCAGGUUGGUGGGACGCAAGGUGGGCGAGGACAAGAAGACCAGCUCCGAAGAGAAGUUCACAGUGUAAUCUCACUUUUGUUGUUCAUUAAAUUAUUUGUUUAUAUA